AUGGAUAUGGAAUACGAUUCGGAUAUGACAAUAUGCAGUGAUGAUUUUCGAUUUGAUGAUAAAAUUGACAAUCACCAAAAUAAAGACAGUUUUAUUGAUGAACAAUGUUUAGAUGUUAAUGAUGUUCGAGACAACAUAUUAGACGUGACUCAGGAAACCAACAUUAGUACUAAUAUUCUAGAAGGUCUUGAAUUAGAUCAGUUUGUGCACGAAAAUGACAGUGAUUCUAGAAAUAUGAAUCCGCUUUUAGAAGUUUUAAAUCUGUCCAAAGAAGUGGAGUUACCUAAUCAUAAGGUCGACAAUGAUCAACGUGAAAUACAAACGCAAUCAACUUUCUGUGAAAGCACACAAAGUCAAAACCUUUUAGAAUUUCUUCAGAAUGAUCUUACAAUCUGUCAGAACGACGCACAAGACGAUAAACGAAAAUUUAUCAAUCCGAGUUCUACAAAUUAUAAGCAAAGUGAUAUUGCAGAAUAUAAUUUGCAUCAAAACCUAACGAAUAACAAUCCUAUUAAAAAUACGUAUGACUCUCAACAAACUCAGUUAUAUAGUUUCCAUGGAUUCAGCGACAUUUAUACCCAUGUCAGUCAAAGCCAAUCUGAACAAAUGAAAAUACCAAAAAAUCAUUUGUUUAACGUAAAUUUAAACGAUAAUUUAUCAAAAAAUGGGAAUGAAACACAGGAAAACCAAUUUAAAAAUGCUACUGAAACAGAAUUAAUGUAUGACGCAAAAUUAAAAGCAAAUACAAACGAAGUAGUUAAUUUAACUUUCAAUUCUCAUAGUGCUAUUAUAACUAACAAACGCACAACUAAUAAUAACAAUAGUGUAAAUUGUUCUGAUAACUUAAAUCUAAUCGAUGACUCCAAUCAAAACGUUAAACAAAAAGUAACAGUUAUUCAAGAUGUAGUCGUAAUGGAGGAUGAUGAAGUAGACAACGUGGACAAUUCUCAAACAGAAAUAGUUUCUUUCAAAGUAGUAGAGGAGUUGAACAGGAUAAAAAUGUUUUUAAACAAAAAGGACAAAGGUUCAAUUGAUGGUUAUGCCACAGAUUCUGGAUAUAAGAGUGACUCGCAAAGUAGGAGUUCUUUCAAAGGAUGUCGCCUUAUUGACAAGUUGCACGAGGAUGAGAAAUACCCAUCGUUUCUAGAAGACGUUUUAGAAACAGUGGAGACCUUACUCCGUGAGGUUUACGAAGAAAAUAGCUACGAAGAAGACUUAGUGAGUAGUACAAUAAAAUUGAUAUGUACAGUAAAUUGUGAAAGUAAUGAAGAAACAAGAGAGAGAUACAGAGAAGUCGUAGGGAUGAAUUUGUGUCCAGAUUCCCAUCUCUGUUACAUAUGUUGUCAUAUCUUAAAUAAACUCACAUUGUUCAGAUCGAUAUGCCUGAAACGAAGUUUGGAAUAUCCAGUGCUAUUUAGCGAAAAGGGCGCAUUAUAUUUACAAAGAAGCAAUAUUGAAUUGCAUGUACAGUGUCUGGAUGAAGCAUGCCAGCAAGUCGGAAACAGUAAAUCAUAUGAAAUAAUCUAUAAAUGUGAUUCAAAUAAUGUUAAUGAUAGUUAUUCUGAUAAAAUACAUGAAUUUGUUAAACAUGAAGAAGAUAAUGAUUACAUACAUCCAAAUGAUUUGUCGAUUGCGCCAACAUCAAACGCAGAGAACUAUAAUGAUUUUAACGAAUUUGAUUCUGUAGUUAAUGAAAAUGUAUUCGAAAGCACUAAGAAUGGGCCUGAUAAAUUUCAAAAUGACGGUGAUGGUAAAGAUAAUUACGAGAUUAAUGAUUAUAAUGCGGACAAUGGCCAUGACGACGAAAUGAUCGAUACUGAUAAUUUUAAUCACGAUGAAGCAGAUAUUGAAACUACUGAUGCAAUUAAUUUUGAUCCAAAUUCGCAAAAAGACUGUAUAGUUACUGAUCGUAUUAAAAAGCGUAAAUCCAAAAAAUCAAGAAAGAAAAGUUUUGAUAAGAUAAUAUUGACUUUAGAACAACAGAAGGCAGAGUUAGAAGCAAAUAGAAGGGAUAAGAAAUAUGUGGAAUCUGAAUUUAAAUGUUAUAAUUGUGCGUUGGGUUUCCUGUUCAAAGACACCUACCAAGCUCAUAUGAUGAGACAUGAGGAGUCAAACGGAGAAUACCGAUGUACGCUAUGCACCCUUCGCUUCGCAAGUCCGUCGGUGCUUCGCUCGCACGUUUCGCUUCAUUCGGAGCGCUACCGCUGCGUUGUCUGCGAAGCGUUACUUCGGCCGAGAGCCCGAGUGAAGCAUUCCAAGGAAUGCCUACGUAGGGACGCCGCUGAUAAUGUCGCGUGCCACUUGUGCGCUAAACUGUUUAAGGACACUAGUGGUCUCCAGCAACAUUUGAGGCGUGUCCAUAGCUCGAAGACGGGCAGGAUGUAUCCUUGCGGUAUUUGUGGGGAGACCUUCCGGAAUCAGCCUGCGGUACGGACACAUAUGCUAAAACAUUUGAAGAGAAAAUUCUCAUGCGACCGAUGUUCAGCAAUCUACAGCAGCCCUUAUAGUCUGAUGCAGCACAAGAAACGGCAUGAGGUUUGCGAAGAGACGCACUUCUGCACAUCUUGUGGCACCAGCUACAGCAGCCGUAAGGGACUUCUCGCUCACAGAAGGAACAGCCUCAAUCACCAGCAGACUGUGUUCGAGUGCAACAAAUGCUCUAGAGUGUUGCCACACCGUCGCGCGUUGGAAGCGCACGAACGUAGAGUGCACGGAGACGGGACCCAGCGGGUAAUCUCUAAACAACUGCGGCCUAAAACUCACAGGAGGCCAACUGAACACGCCAUCUGUCAUUUGUGCGGGAAAAGUUUUAAGGGCAACAGCAAACUCAACAGGCAUCUCAAAGAAGUCUGCGAGAAAGAGAAACUACCAGAAGAAAUAUCUCCAUUUUACGAAUAA